AUGCAACUGUGGGCCGACCUCGUCAAUGACCAGAGCUACACGUUCGAGAACACCUUGCGCUUCUUCCAGCGGACGGUGAAGUUCACACCUCCUGAUAAUCGCAAUCGCCCUGCAAACGCUUCUCUGCAGUACAAUCCAGACUCGUUUGAUAAGAAUGGCCAACCCCUUCACGUAUCAUACCCUACACACCCCGGAUCUUUCCCUAGCUGGAUGAAGCUCGGGCUGGAAGCAGUGGGGGUCAAUGAAACCCGAGGCUUCAACAGCGGCUGGCUACUAGGGUCUCAAUAUACGCCGUUUACUAUCCGACCGUCCGAUCAAUCGAGGAGCAGCUCGGAGUCUUCGUUCUUCGAAUCCUCUCUAUUGCAAAUGUGGAAGCUCAGGACUUUGACUAUCUACAAGAUAACCAUUGCAAGGAGAAUCCUGUUUGAUGCUCACAAACGGGCUACUGGGGUCGAGGUGAAAACCUUGGGACUGCGAUAUGUUCUGAAUGCUGAUCGGGAGGUCGUGGUCUCGGCCGGUGCUUUCCAGUCUCCUCAACUCCUGAUGGUCUCAGGCGUAGGGCCAGCCGAUACCCUUAAAGAGCACGGAAUCGAGAUCAUCGCUGACCUCCCGGGUGUCGGUCAGGAGAUGUGGGAUCAUGUCUUUUUUGGGCCGACAUACCAGGUGGCAUUGGAGUCCUACACCAGGGUCACAACCGACAUGUGGUAUCUCCUUGAACAAAUCGUCAAAUACUUAACUUCUCACCGGGGUGUACUUACUAACCCGGGUAUUGAGUACCUGGCCUUUGAGAAGCUUCCAAACCAGCUGCGGUCUUCACUCUCGCCCCAAGCCCAAAAAGACCUUUCCUGGGUUCCAAGUGACUGGCCGGAGAUAGAGGUAACAUGUUCCUUGGCUCGCAGACUGGUCGGUUAUGUUUCCGCUGACUUGAAGUGCAGUACAUAUCGGUACCAGUACAUGUUGGUAACUACUCCAUUCCGAUACUACAACCUGGGGGUGGCAGACAAUACGCUACCAUAG